AACAGUAGUUCCAUUUGAAAAUCGUAAACAACCACGACCCGAAAUGUUUAAAUAAUCGUUGUUCGCAGUUAUUAUUGAUCAGUGCGAAACAAUCUCUGGUUAAUCAUCAACGGGGGCGAUUGUUUCGGGAACAGUUGAAAGAUGUACGGCAGAAAUUUUGAUAAAUAUGAGAGAAAGUAUUUCCCGAAGAACGAGAAGCCAGGUGAUCUCUGCGAGAGAAUCAAGAAAAUCUUCACAAAAACUGGACUGCACUCGUCUGUUGUCGAGUAUGGGGCCUUCAACAAGAUGAUGGGCUUCGCCGCUAUUGCGGCUGGCGACGAGAAAAAAGCAGUCAACCACUUGAUAGAGUCCCACGCAGUUCUCCACCGUCAGCAGGUGAACUUGAGAUACAAAAAGACGGAAAUCCGUGACAACUGCGGAUAUACCUAUAAGUUCGGAGUGAAUCCAUCCCACUUGAAGUUCAAUAUCGACUGUCAGGAGGACUCACAAUCCCUGGAGAGUAAAUUGGCUGAGCUGCCUCGAGAGUGGUACAUGGUCCAGCUGACCCAGCCCUACAAGCCCUGCAAGUGGCUCCCCGAGGCCUCCAAUUCAGUUCAUCCUCUUCAUCUGACUGUUCUACCCACUGGCCCUGAGGCAAUAGCACCCUUCACCAUCACCGUUCCUGCUCCUGAUAACAGCAUGUACGAUCUCUGCGCGGAUGUCAAGAAUCUCCUCGAUACCAAUAAGUCGAACCUCCAGGCGGAGUAUGGCCAUCACUCCAUGUACUGGAAGAUGAGGCAGAAGCAGAACAACAGGAUGAUGACUGCUGUCAAGGAGAUGGAGUACAACUGGCUCAGGGAGUGGAGGCUCUUGCUCAUUGCUGACUUGUUGGAAAAUUCAGACGACACCAGGGAGAUGAUUGGAAUUGUUGAUAAACUUAUCGCUGAUGAUCGGUCGUUGACCCCACUAUCACCCAAGACCGUAUGGCUCCUGCGAAAAGUGUCAACAACAGCCGGAUACCUCAGCAAAACCGAAAUAGCAAGAUUGAUAACAGUGAUUCUUCCUGACAACAAGAAGCUCGCCAGUAACUUGAUCCUGUCGAUUGUCAGUAAAUCCAAGACGGCGACGAAGCUCCGUCAGGAGAAGAGGAAGACGACAGUGUUGAUAGUGGACGAGGAAAUUGAUUACCUCCCCCUGGAAGCAAUGGAGAUCCUCCAGGAUCAUCCGGUCACUCGCUUCCCCUCGUUGCACGUGGCCUACGCGAUGUUCAAGGAGCACGAGGAGUCGAUUGUCGAGGGCUGCAAGGUCAUGGUUAUCAACGAGGAGAGUGGCAUGGGGAUUGUCAACCCCUCGAACAAUCUGCCGAAGAUGGAGAAGAGGUUGAGAAUUUUCAUGGAUUACUGGCUGCCGAAGUGGCGUACCAUUUAUAACGCUCUUCCGGAGGAGGAGGGGCUCGCCAAUGCCUUCGUUGAUGCUCUCGUCAACCACGAGAUCAUGAUGUACAAUGGACAUGGCAGUGGCAUUCAGUAUCUGCCUGGGGAGAAGAUUGAAAAGCUCAGGGUCAGAGCUGCUGUUCUACUUUUUGGCUGUGGCAGUGUCAAACUUGUGCCCAUUGGGGGGAGAUUCCCACCUUAUGGAGUGUCUAAUCAGUAUCUCACAGCCUGCAGCCCCUGCACCCUAGGAAUGAACUGGGAAGUAACAGAUCUCGACACCGACAGAAUGACCUCCUGCUUCAUCAGCACCUGGAUCCCCUCAAAGGCUGAGAAGUCCUGGAACUACAUCGACUUCGAGAAAUGGAGCAAUGGAACUCUCGAAUUCAAAUCCAAUCUCGAACGCGGCAAGAAGGAGCAGUUCAACGACACCACCAGCCCAUUCUUCGAGCCCGAGAUGCUCAGAGCUGUGGCAAUUUCCAAGAAAGUCUGCCUCCAGUUCAUGACGAAAGCUGCAAUCGUCGUCAGAGGACUGCCAGUCAAGGUCAAAUGGAAUGAGUAGAGUCACAUGAUGACCUGGGGCUCAGGGACUGAACUGGCGAUGCUCUUGUGAGGCAAGACUUGUCCACCGUUGAUGUACAGCUCGUCCUUGACGAUAACGUCUUCCCCGAGAACUGUUAUGCCUUCCAUACGCACCCAGCGACCCACCACACAUCUCCACCCCACGAUGCAUCUGAAAUUCAAAUGGAACACGAUUCAUUUCUGAUAAUUAAUUUACCAAAAGGGUUACACUUUUGAAAAAAAAUAAUAUGAAAAAAAUUCUAUUGAAGAUUAGGCGAUUUUAUCCUGCCAUUUUGGUGAGAGGUAUUUGAUAGACAAAAGUAUAUAAAUUUUUUAUUUUGUAUAAAAAUUCUUGGGCAUAAAUUCUCAAAGUUUUUUUUGCUGGAUUUUGAUUUGUUUCUCAUAAUAAAAGGCAAGAAAAAACUUUGGUUCAAGGAUUUUUAUGAAAAUAAUUUCAAAAGAAUGGGUUAUAAAACGUACAAAUUGGAUUUUUCUUGAAUGCUUCUGCAAUUCCAAUUAAAAUUGAAUAGAAUUUUUUAGAAAAAACUCGAGAAUUGUCAUUCUCAACAGAAAAAAAGUGCCUAGAAUUAUUUCAUCAAUGGUGUUUUCCAAGAUAUUCACGAAAUAUUCAGUCUCACAUAAAACUUCAGGCUUUAGUUUAUUUUAAAUAUAAAAAAUCCGUCUCUUCAUGAAGUCAAGAGCCUCAGGUGAUAUUUACCCAUCAAGCCAGCUGUGUUCCCUAAUCGUCGCAGACUUGAGAAUAGUGGAGCGUUUAAUGCAGCACCCAUCAGCCAAAACCACCCCAGGACCAAUAGUAACAUUAGGGCCAAUCCUACAAUUUUUUCCAAUCACUGCUGUUGGGUCCACGAGGACAUUGCCAACGACCCCAUCACCAGAGUACAACUUCUCGGGCUGUUUCUGCCUCAGCGAGGCCAAGUACAGGCACAUACCUGCGACGAUAGAUCGUAAAAACGUGAUUAUUGUGUAUUUGUCAACCAAAAA